UGUGAUGGUGUUGAAAUGUGUGUAUGUGUCACGAAGAACUGUUGAAAACCGUAAAAAAUUAUUAUUUCCGUAUUACUGUUAAGCGUGACAAUUGUUUCUGAGGAGUAAUGAGGUAGUCUCUGGUGCAUUUGACAUUGAAAAAUUACAUUUUGUGGGUGAAAUACGUUGGACAGUUGACUGUCGACGUGUAAAAUGGCGUGGUUCGACGAUGGUCUUACUAGCCUAUCAAAUUUAACGGGACAGAUUACUAAUUUCACGAAGGAAGUGCUCUCCGAGGGAAUUGUCGCGGAGAUUGAUGAUCGAGAUAAGGAACUUGAAGAGACCAAUCGAAGAUGUGUUCAGCUGCAAGAAUUACUCAACUCGAGGGACGCCGAGAUUGCACUCCUCCGGCGGCAGAAUUGUGAAUUGAAGAAAACGGUUGUUGAGUCCAACUCACAUGCACGGGAAUCGAAUGAUGAUGGUCAGGAUAAUGACGGCGAGGGAUUCUUCUGGGAUCCACCGUCGAGUAGAAAUCGAGAACCGAGGAGCCAGGUGCGAGGGCUGCAGGAGCAGAUCGCACAAGCCACCGUGAGGAUCAAGGAAUUAGAAGAGGAGGUGAAGAAAUAUCAGAAGAUGAAUUCAGUAGACAAGAAGGAUGAAGUAUCAGACAACAACCAGAGAGGUGAAUUCGUACGUGUGAAGCAGGACUUAGUCAAUCGCAUCAUCCAAAUUGGAGAGAAGGGAAAAGAAGCAGAAAGAACCAUGAAGAAGAUCCAGAUGGACGAGUCUGCCUUCAUCAACGACUUCCGCGCUGCUAUCUCGAAGCUUGACUCCCACGAACAAGUGAAUUUAAUUCGCGGUGCCUUGAGUGCUCUUGAAAUGGACAAUGGUGCCACCGGAAAAGAAGAAAAAUCUGAUGUUGGAAAAAAAGUCCGCCUGGAAGAGCCGACCAAUGGCGUCAGCAAUCGAGAGUUAGAGCUCCGUAAAAAGAUCAAGAAACUCCAAGAAGAGAAUAAGAACCUCUCCACCAGCAUCGAAGAGCUUGAUCAACAACAUGCCCAGUCAAUUGAGAAAGUCCUGGGUCUCAAGGACGAACUCAAGAAGAAGCACCAGUGCCUUCAGACAGCCUACGAGACCCUCUACAUGGACUACAACAAACUUCAAGACCAGAUGUCCCUCCUAGACCCCAAAAAAGCCUCCCUCGAGGAGAAACAAGUCCAGACAGAAUUUCCCGCCCCACAAGGGCUUCUCCAAACCGACGAGAAACCCACUCAGACUGAAGAGAGCCUUCCACCACCUCAAGACCUCCAACAAAUCACCGAGAACGUCCAAGACAUCGUGAAAAAUUCAACCCUAAAACUGCCGAAGGACGAAACUCUGUUCGAAACCCUGGCGAAUCAGUUGGUAGAAACCCAGAAGCAGAAAGAACUGCUGGAACGAAGGAUCCCCGACUUAACUAGAGAGUUGAAUCAAGCCUGUGAGAUGCGAGAUGCCGUCCAACAAGUGAAUUUGAUUCGCAGUGCUCCGAGUGUCCAUGAAAUGGACAAUGGUGCCACUGGAAAAGUAGAAAAAUUAGACAUUUCCCAACAAGUCCAUCCAGAAGAGCCGACUAAUGGGGUCAACAAUCGAGAAUUAGAACUCUGUAAAAAGAUCAAGAAACUUCAAGAAGAGAAUAAAAAACUCUCCACCAACAUCGAGGAGCUUAAACAAAACCACAAGUUGUCAACGGAGAACUUCCAGGAUCUCAGGCAUAAGCUCGAAAUGGAGAAAGACUGUCUUAAGACAGGCUACAACGCCCUCAACGCGGACUACAACAAACUCCGAGACAACGUACACCUCCUAGACCCAAAAAAAAAAUCCCUCGAGGAGAAACUAGUCCAGACAGAUUUUCCAGCCCCACGAGAGCUCCAAACCGACGAGAAACCCAUUCAGACUGACGAGAGCCUCGCGCCUCCUCAAGACCUCCAACAAAUCACCGAGAAAGUCCACGAAAUCCUGAAAAAUUCAACCCUGAAAAUCCCCGAGGACGAAACUCUGUUCGAAACUCUGGCGAAUCAGUUGGUGGAGACCCAGUGGAAGAAAGAAAUGCUGGAACGAAGGAUUCCCGACUUGACUAGAGAGUUGAAUCAAGCAUGUGAGAUGCGAGACGCCCUUCAGAUCGACUGCGACGAUCUCCAGACGACAGUAGAGGCCUUGGAGUCCGAGAUUCAACACAUGAAGUCAAACCUGCCGUCCAUCCCUGAAGCCAGUGAGGAGCGAGUUGCCUCCCUGGAGACAGAAACAGAAUCAAUGAGUGAAGAAAUAAAACGUUUGCAAACAGAGAACGAUCUUCUUCGUCAAAAGCACACAGACUUGAUAACAACAUUGACAACAUUAGAAGGAUCCCUUCGAAACCAGGAGAAUCUGGAGGCAGAAGUGAGGAACACGAAGCAACAGCUGGAGAUAGCCCAGCAGCAGCUGGCAGGGGCUUCCAAGAACGUCGAGAACAAUGAGAAUAUGAUGGAGGACCUCAGUCGACGUCUCCACACUUCCUUAGAGGAGAACAACGACUUGAGAAAGCGCAACGAUGCUUUAGAAACUAGAGAGAAGCAGAUGCAGGAGCAGAUGAAUACUUACUCUGAGAAAUGCAAAGGAUUGGACGACAAUAUCGACUUGAUCGAGGAAUUGAAGUUGGACAUUGGGAAUGCUCGUAGGGAGCUGAAGAAUUCCUUCGACGGCAGUAAGAGACUGGAGAACGAGUUGAUGAACGUCACUGAAGCGAAGAAGGAGAUUGAGAGGGACAUCAUCGCUCUUUCUCGGGAGAAGGAGCACCUGGAGACUGAGCUGGCUCUCAUCCGGGACAAUGGAGUCCAGGAGGAUAAUUCGGAGGUUCUCAAAGAGCUCAGGAGCCAAUUGGAGUCUGCUAAUCGGGAAAAAGACGAUUUGGAGUAUGAUUUACUUAACAUGAGGAAGGAGUUGGAUUUGGCUCUGAGUGAUGUAUCCCAGAUGGAGGCGAGAUGUGUUAAAUUGACAGCGGAGAAUGAGAAGCUCAUUACGGAGAAUAACAAUGUUGUUGAGCAGUUGGGCAGCAUCAGUGAAGAGUCCGCAGAGAGAAUCGAACUUCUUCAAACUGAAAUGAAUUUACUCCAGCAAGAACACACAUUUUUGCAGGAGGAGGCAGCCGCUGAGAAGUCGGAACUCUCAGAGAUGAGGUCACAGCUUCAAGAAAUAGAAUUCAAAAACAUUGACAUGGAAAAUAUCAUCAAACAGUCCAAAGCUGAAUUUCAAGAAUUGAAAAAUCACUGCGAUAAUUUGCGUGGACGAGCAGACAAAAUUCAAGAAUUGGAGAAGGAAAUAAUUCGUCUUUCAUCAUUCGAAACAGAAUUAAAAUUGUCAGAGGAGAGAUACGCAAAGUUGGACGCAGAACUCGCAGUUGUUCAGCUCCAGAAUGAAGAAUUAAUAGAAAAUCGUGACGAUUUAUCCCAUCGACUCAGCGACUUGAACGAAGUAUCCGAGAACAUGUAUAAAUACAAAAUAAAAUCAGAAGAACAGGAAAAAGAAAUAAUACUUCUAAGAUCCGAACUUGCAAAAAUGACAUCGAGAACUCAAACAGAGGACACCGACGCCCUCAGAUCUGCCUUGGCGCAGAAAUCAUCAGACUUGGAGCUCUUGAGAACCGAGAAAAUCCAGCUAGAAUCAGCCUUGAAUGCUGUUAAGACCGAACUGGAGUCUCUGAAGAGCAAUUCUAAUGAUUCGGCGUUAAUGGCAAAGGAAACAAUCGAGAAUUUAUCCCAAAUAAUCCAGCAGAAGGAGCAGGAGCUGGAGACAAAACUCCUGGAGAAAAAUAGUGCCUUCAACGCGUUGAGAUCCGAGCGAGACGAACUAGUGAAACUCGUUCAGGCAAAGCACAACGAGAGUUUGCAGUACCACGCAGAGAUCCAGAGGAUGACGCAGCUGUUCAACGAACAAGUCGCGACUCUUCAAACUUUAACAUCAGAACGUGAUAGAUUGAAUGGAGCGUUGAAAGAGAAAGAGGCUGAGGUGUUGUGGGCCCAGAACGAGCUCCAGGUGGUGCGCCAGCGUCUGAAGAACUUCGAGGACUCCAACAACUAUGGAGAGACUUGUAACAUCCCUGAGCACUCGAGUCAGAUCUCUCAGGCUGGGAUUUUGAACGAAAAAUGUAAUGCACUUGAAGCUGCGCUUGUCAAGGAGCAGUCGAGCAAUAGAAUCCUCCAGAAUCAGUUGAAUGAGAGUCAAAGCAGAGAGGGCUGUGCUGCUAGGGAGCUAGAGAGACUGAGGACUCAUUUAAUGGAGAUGGAGGCAAGUUACACCGAGGAGGCACUCCUCAUGGAGCAGAGCAAGAAGGAACUGGAGGGAAAACUGAAGGAGGCGGAGGAGAAGGUGAAGAACAGCUCCACUGUGUACACUUCUGCCAGCAUCAGGGCUAAUCAACAGGUGGAGACUCUCCAGCAACAAAUGGCACUCAUUGUGCAGCAGAGGGAUGCCAUACAGGGUAAAUUGUCUGCUGCUGAAGAUAAAGUUGCUGCGCACACUGCUUCGUUGACGAAUCUGCAGAUUGUACUUGAACAGUUCCAAAGAGAUAAGGAAAACGAUAUUCGCAAUGCAACUGAAAGAAUUCGCCAGCAGUUGAACGCAUCGUACAAGAAACAGGAGGAAUUGAAUGCAGAAAUAUCCUCAUUGAAGGGUCAAUUGGCAGAGGCUAAGGAGUGCCUUCAAGCAGCUUCCCGAUUGAGCGAGCAACUAGACAAAAAGAGUGAGAAAAUACAAGAACUCAGCCAAGAAGUCGCAAAAUUGACGGAAUUAGUUAAUACUGCGGAUGAGAGGAUUCAAGAGGCGAAUAAAAGUGGAGAGGGCAAAGUAGACAAAUUCCUGAUAAAAAAUCUCCUCCUGGGCUUCCUGUCAUCCCCCGCGUCUGACAAAUCCGCAGUUCUCCGAGUGUUCGGCACAAUUCUAGACUUCAACGAGGAUGAACGUGAAAAAGCAGGCCUAAAUCAUCCAGCUUCACACGGUGGAUGGUUCUCAGGGUUAUUAUCCACCUCUGGAACACCAACGAAAGAUCAAGAGGCCUCACUGACUCAAUCAUUCAUCAGGUUCCUCGAGAGCGAAUCAAAGCCAACUUCGGUGCCAGCCUUGCCAGUGUCCAACACGUCCAUUUCCAGGCCUGGACAUAGUCGACAACAUUCAACUUCCUCUUCCCACUCUGGGCUGUUGCUCACCAACGUCAAUCUUCCCUCAUUCCCGGAUUUUAUACCAUCAAGAAACACUGGAUCCAUCCUCAAAGAGGUCCUCAAGGACAGCUGAUAUUAACGCAUCUAUUCUAAUUGACUAUGUAAAUACUGCUACAUUUAUUAUUAUUUCCUUUUUUGUCAGAUUGUACUUGGACAGAUUAAUUUAGAUGAUGAUAACGGAGUUGUGUCCAUGUCUCAUUGAGUAUUCGAUUGCCUUUGUUAACUCGCAAUAGAUGAAAAUGGAGUUUUAAAUACUGUAUUAAAAUUAUUUGAGUUGUGCUCAGAUAUAAACUAAACUUGGCGAUAUUUUUCGAUUGUAAAAAGGAGAUUUGUAUGUGAGUUGGGAAUAAAAUAGAAACUAAAACGU